AUGUCAGCCCAACGCCCACACUCCUUCAACCGGUUAUGUCAGCCCCACGCCCACACCUCCUUCAACCGGUUAUGUCAGCCCCACGCCCACACCUCCACUUCAACCGGUUAUGUCAGCCCCACGCCCACCUCCUUCAACCGGUUAUGUCAGCCGCCACACCUCCUUCAACCGGUUAUGUCAGCCCCACACACCUCCUUCAACGGUUAUGUCAGCCACGCCCACACCUCCUUCAACCGGUUAUGUCAGCCCCACGCCCACACUCCUUCAACCGGUUAUGUCAGCCCCACGCCCACACCUCCUUCAACCGGUUAUGUCAGCCCACGCCCACACCUCCUUCAACCGGUUAUGUCAGCACCACGCCCACACCUCCUUCAACCGGUUAUGUCAGCCCACGCCCCACCUCCUUCAACCAGUUGUGUCAGCCCCACGCCCACCUCCUUCAACCGGUUAUGUCAGCACCACGCCCACACCUCCUUCAACCGGUUAUGUCAGCCCCACGCCCACCUCCUUCAACCGGUUAUGUCAGCACCACGCCCACUUCCUUCAACGUUGCCACACACCUCCUUCAACCGGUUGUCAGCCCCACGCCCACACUCCUCCUUCAACCGGUUAUGUCAGCCCCACGCCCACACCUCCUUCAACCGGUUGUCAGCCCACGCCCACACCCUUCAACCGGUUAUGUCAGCCCACGCCCACACCUCCUUCAACCAGUUAGUCAGCCCCGCCCACACCUCCUUCAACAGUUGUCAGCACCACGCCCACACCUCCUUCAACCGGUUAUGUCAGCCACGCCCACACCAACCGGUUAUGUCAGCACCACGCCUACACCUCCUUCAACCGGUUAUGUCAGCACCACGCCCACACCUCCUUCAACCGGUUAUGUCAGCACCACGCCCACACCUCCUUCAACCGGUUAUGUCAGGACCACGCCCACACCCCUAG